AUGGAGCUUACGUCGGGACCAACAGAAAAUAUCGCAAAUGGCGGGGAAAAAGUAAAUUUGGCGGCGCAGUGCUGCCGCCUGGCGGCCGCCCCGCCACACUCCGCCAGCGGAGAACUGGGCCUGGCUCAGUGGCAGCCGGCAGGCCAGCUAGCGGUGGCCGGUGCGGUCCGUGGCUCCCGUGGUCGCGAGUUCGAGGUUUGCCCAGGCGCCGGGAUAGCCCGCUCAGGUAUCACAUCGUCUGGCAGCGACCAAGCGUUGAAGUCUGCUGGAACACGCGCACGAGACUACAGCACUGAGGUGAACGGCGCACCCGGCCAGGGGCAGCGGCGCAGAGUGUGCCAGAAGCAGAAGCGAUAUGCCGGCGCGAGCUGCGGUGGCCAGGGCGGCCGAGGCGUGCAGCUGAGGGCGCGGCGGCUGGGCUGUGCCGGCGGCUGGCAGCUGGGCUGGGCUGGGCUCGCAGCCAUGACGUGA